GCAUAUAAAUGGAAUCAAGUCAAAACAAACUUCAGAAGAAUAAAGAAUUUUCGCAAACAAUCAUGCAGCUCUUCGUCACUUUAACCUUUGUCUUCGGCGUCGUCUGCUUUUCGGCAGUAUUCGCAGGUAAUCCGGAGCUGGAAGAACAUUUCAAAGAAACUUUGAAGAAAUGCGCCGAAGAUUCGGGCAUAGAUCUGGCUGAUUUGGAAAGCGUUAAAAAUGGGGAAGCAGCCGCUGACGAGAAAAUGAACUGUUUCGGCGCUUGCAUCCUCAAAGGCGUGAACGUGCUUGACGAGGAAGGAACCGUUCAUAAGGAAGUGGCUAUCGAUAUGAUACCAGAAGAUGCGCCACGAGACGAGGCGAUAAAAUUGAUCGAGACAUGUGCCGAGCACAAGGGUAAAGACGAUUGCGACACGGCCGGUCUAAUCUUCAAAUGCUUACUGGACAACAAGGCUGCCCAGAUGUUCAAAGUACCUGAGGAAUAAUGUCGCUGGCACGGGUGCAAUAAUUAAGGACUCGGUCACGGAAAUAACGGCUACAUGAAUUUGUAAUUAACAAUAAACCGAUAUUGCAGUAGAAAUUAUUAUGCUAAAAUAUAUAGACGUGUUAUUGAGCAA